AUGGUAUCUGAAACUCCGGCAAUUGCAGAAAAAAAACAAGAGGAUCUGGCAAACUCGGCAACAAGUAUCUCUGGCAACAGCAGCCCUCAGUCCCGAGAGACCAGCGCAUCCCAGCUUAGACUGCGCAAAGACCUUGCAGCUCUGGAUCUUCCGCCCAAUGUGAAAAUCGACGCAACUGCGCUGGAAAGCGAUCAUCGACUGUAUAUCCAGGUUACACCAGACGAGGGCUACUACAAAGACGGCACUUUCAAAUUUCAGGCUGUUUUCAAGGAUACAUACCCGAUAGAACCUCCCAAAGUGACCUUGAUCCCCGUUGUUUACCACCCGAACAUCGAUCUCCAGGGAAACGUAUGCUUGAAUAUCUUGCGGGAAGACUGGUCGCCCGUUCUGGACGUUCAAAGCAUCAUCAUUGGGCUUCUUAUGCUUCUACUUGAACCCAACGCUACUGAUCCCUUGAACAAGACGGCCGCAGAGGCACUUCGCACGAACCCGUCCAUUUUCCAAUCCCAGGUCGCAUCAGCGAUGCGUGGCGGGUACUUACAAGGACUCCGAUACGAUCGGAUUGCGUCUUAA